AUGGGGUCCGAGAGUGGAGUGUAUGCAAGUUGGGUGGACCAAACUUACCUCGCGUGUGCCACGCAUUCGUAUCAAUCGAUCGAUCGUUGCGAUUUGACAUUCAGCGCUGGUGAGCACUUCUUGGUGUUGGAGCCUCCCGGACCUGAAGCGAAGUGGAUCAACGUGAUUACCGAACUGGGAAACCCCGGUUACGUUCCAAGGUCUUAUGUGAACUUCGUUCAAACAACAACUGCAAACGUCAUUGAUUUCCUGGAGGGCUGCAUAGAAGCUAUUCAGCUCAGCUCCGCGCAUCGUGGGGGUCUCUACAGUGACCGAGAAAAGGCCCUAUUGCACACCUUGAUCAACAAGAGGAAAGCGUUGACAUUCAACUCAGUAGGGCCCCAGCCCUCUGAGGUCAUCUCAUCAUCCGUUCAACCAGACGUAUCUGCGAGCUCUCUGGGCACUGUGACUUCUCAGUGCACGUUGUCUUCCAGUGUUUUCCCGCAAUUUGCGGACCGGAAGUCAAAAACUCCUCCGAAACCUCCGCCGAGGAGUCCAAACGUUAGUGUGGUGUCUUUACCGGAUGCCGUCGACGCUGUCGCUGGCGGAUGUUCCGUUUUACGCGGACCUGAAACUAAUCAAAAUUUCGGAAAACCCGAGGAAAGAAGCCACCCAGUGGUAGGAACGAAAGAAAAAAGAAAUCAUGAUAUGAAUCCUGUUUCCGACGAAGAUAAACUUGUCGGCGUGAAGGACAGGAGUGAAGCGUGGGUAACCACCUUGUGUCAUGAGCUGGUGGAAGCCGUUCGAGCGGAGACGAAUCUUAGUCAUGCUGGUUCUCGAAAGGCUGUUGCAGUGGUUUUGAAGCGCCUCGGGGAAUCUGUUCGUGAUUUGAGUGAUGGGCUAAGUCCGAUUUUGCAGCACUUGGACGAAAGUUGGUCGCUUGCUCCCGAUCUUGUGUCGGAAUCUCGAGACGCGAUGAGGUUGAGAAACGCUGUGAACGAUCUGAUGGUGGCUAGAUUUGAUGACCAACAGCGUGGAUGGCAUCUGCAUGAAGAUGAGCCUGCGAUUUUGAAUUGCUUGGAUUCCAUCUUGGAUAUUAUGAGCGGAGCGGAUGUAGCAGUUACGCGUCACGUCGUAUCCGAGGAUAGUUUCAGCAGAAUUGUUGAUAUCGUGGCAUACUUCCAAAUGGAAACAAGAAGAUCCAUCAGACUCAAAAUAUUGGAAACCCUCAAUCUCUUAUGUGCUUUGGAACCGAAAGUUAUACCCGUUUUACUAAGCUCCGUUCUUCCCUUGGAGCUCAUAAGGCAAGCGCUCUUAGUUAUUUUUCUCUUAGAUAUUCAGUCGUGCAAGGGCGAUAAGGAACGCGCGAGUCGGUGCGUAACCCUAUUGGCAACGAUUCUGUCCCUAGGAGAUAGAAUGCCUGUGCAUUACUUCGAGCAAGUUACGUCGAAUUUUUUAUCUUGGCUGGUAAAUCACGUUGUGGAUGACAAACUGGACGAAUGUGACCCUAUGGCAGAAGGGCUGCAGAUUCACUGUUUCAUUCUGUUGCUGGGGCUUAAUCUGCAAUAUCCUCGUCCGGAAGGAAACCCUAUAAUUUCCGAGCUUCGAAGUGUAUCUCAAGCCCAGCCUUUGACCGAACGUUUACUGUUGCAUUUAAACCGAGGAGAGGAUCCUUUAGAUUUAGUCGAAGUAGAAGGAGAAAAACUUCGACCUGAUUCAGUGGUGAAACUUCUAACGGACAUGUUUUCCGACGAAAAAACGUCGUACCUUUUCUACACAAAUGACGUGAAUGCAAUGCUGGACAUGGUGCUCAGAAUACUGACCGAUUUACCGGAAGAUGAUGUCGGGAAAGAGCCGUAUUUGAAUUUAUUGCACAACGUUUUGGCCCAGACGGCGUACGAAGAAAAUCUUCACCGUGUCGCCGACAUCAGCAAAUGUCUAAAGAUCUGUUUGUGUUCGGAGAAGUCGACUCCUGUGGCAAAGAUGCUCUCGAAAAAAAUUGUUGACCGGUUUCCGAAUGUGUUUCCUGGUUUUCGUGAAAUAAAUGACGUGAUAAGAAAGUGUUACCUUGUAUCCCGUUUCGGCGCAAUGUGCGCAGGGUUUAAGGCGCUCAGGCGUGUAAGCUGCGAUUGGUCGGCGCGAAAUUGCCUGCUAUACAUCGACAGAGUAUUGCCGAUCGGAGCAGGAGCGUUGCUUGUCACCAUGGUGUCCGCAUCCAUCUUCAUAAUCAACGAGUCCAAGUCCAGUUCUGCGCUUUACGUUUACGCCUGUUUCCUGUUCGUCCAAGUGGCGGCGAACUGGUUUGGCGUGUUGUCGUAUUCCGGCAGCCGGCACGAUGUUGAACAUGCUGGCGCGGACGAGUUGCGUUCCGAAUCGCACCACUGUUGGGUUUGUGACCGGAUCGUGUACCGUAGGGACCAUCACUGCUUUGUGCUCGGGGCGUGUAUCGGCGCGGAGAACCAAGCGUUUUUCGUGUGUCUCAUGGUGCAUGUUGCAAUUUCGUGCAUCGUGGGUGCGGUUGUGUCGGGAAAGUUGUUGGAACGUCGGCUGGGUUUCUGGGCCAAUAGUCGGUAUGAGCAAGCCAUUGCUUGGGUCCAGUUGUGGAAUGUUGCCGUGGCACCGAGUUCUUCUCGUCAGUGGAUAAACGCGCUCAUUGCGACGUUUUUCAAUAUUACGGCUAUGUUUGCCUGGUCACUCACGUUUUUUUCAGUGUUCUACACCGUUCUUGCACUACGAGGACAAACCCAAUGGGAAUUUUUCCGCAAACGAGGCAGGAGGAAGUUAUUGGGCUAUCAAGAAGCUUGGAUGCCUGUGCCUCGAAGUGAUGCUUUAUUGGAAUUAGCUAAAGAAGCCGGGGAGGCCGCAUUGCGAGGUCAGCUCCUUGAAAAGUACCGAGUGUUUUUAGCCGCCGGAAUCGUGAUAGAUCCCGCUGUUUUCCCACUUUUGGACAAGCUGAUGGACUAUGACAUCCCUGCCGAAACCGUUUAUCAGAUUCUUCGCCGGAUGCUCACGAGUUCUGACGCUGAAACGAACGGGGGAAAUUCCGAAGAACCUUCCAAAUCAUGA